AUGGCUGCAGAAGUCACAAAGCGUGUACAAGGAACGCCAGCGCAGAAGCGACUUGAUGUUAUUCUGGGAGAUUUCAUGAAGACGGAACUCCCGUAUUUCGAUGUCUGCAUUAGCAAUACUCCGUAUCAGAUCUCGUCCCCUCUCACAUUCAAGCUCCUCGCCACCACACCCGCCCCCAGAGUCUGCAUUCUCAUGUUCCAGCGCGAGUUUGCUCUGCGAUUGUUUGCCAAACCCGGUGAUAAACUCUACAGUCGACUCUCCGUGAAUGCCCAGAUGUGGGCUAAAAUCGACCACAUCAUGAAGGUCGGCAAGAACAACUUCAAGCCUCCGCCGCUUGUCGACUCCAGUGUUGUCCGCCUCGUCCCCAAGAACCCACGACCGCAAAUCAAUUACGAAGAGUGGGACGGUCUGCUGAGAAUCUGCUUCGUGCGAAAGAACAAGACGAUUCGUUCCAGCUUUCUCGGAAAGCACACCGUGAUGGACCUGCUCGAAGCCAACUAUCGCACGUGGUGUGCGCAAAACGACAUUCCGGUGGAGGAUGGACCGGCCGAUGACGACACGGAGAUGGAUACUGGCAAUGCCCAGGACGACGAAGAUAUGGAGCCUGAGGAUGAUAUGGACAUGGACGAAGACGAUGUGCCAGAUUUCUUCAAGGAGCAGGCCAAUGCACGGGUGCAAGAGGCCCUCAAAAACCGACCGGCCCGGAAGAAGAAGGGAAAGGUGGCCGAGUUGGUACGGGAGAAGGUACGGCAAGUCUUGGAGGACGAUACAGGACUUGCGGAUAAGCGUGCACGGAUGUGCGAUGAGAACGACUUCCUCAAACUGCUAUGGGCGUUCAACCAAAAGGGCUUCCAUUUCAAUUAA